AUGGAGAUUAAAUUCAAGGUCCAAAAAGCCCCUACAAUUCCGAAACCUCCCCUGAGAAACAACACCGAGCCUUCUACUCUCGCAUUCGUCCAAGUCAAUCCCGCCAAAAAAGACAAAGCAGCUCAACGAAAAAUCCGCCAACAUGUAAUGAAAGACAUAGGUCUCUCCCGGCGAAUGGGUACAGUCCGCACACCCAAUCCAACAAGCGAGUCAAUCUUUAUUCCGACAUACUGGGGCGACGCGCAAGUCUGCUACAAUUUUCGACGAUUGUUUCGGGCCAUGGACAUGGUGUCGGAAGGACUGCUAUCAAUAGCUAUUGUUGACCCUGUUUUGAGGUUGAGGCAGAAAUUAACGGCGACAUUUGAGAGUCCACCGACUGUGGAGGAGAUCGAGCAGUAUACUGAGUCGUUGAGCUUGGUGAGGGAAGGGAUUGAGGCGGAGAGUAAAGCUAGUGAGAAUGCUGUUAUUGGGACGGUUAUCUGUCUGGCGACUUUUGAUAUGCGCGCUGGGAAUUCGGAAUUGUGGAUGGUUCAUAUGGCAGGGCUGGAAAGGAUAGUUGCCAUGGCUGGGGGAGUUGAAGAAUUGGACUCACGCCCCGCUAUCCGACAAUCUCUGUUCAUAUGCGAUCUCCUGGGCUCAAUGGUAGAAGACGCGGAACCGAGAUUUCCUCUUCCUCGAGAUCUACCGACUUUGCCUGAAGCUACCAGGUCAAAAUAUGCCCAAAAGCUUUUAACGUCAUUAAGAAGUGAUGAACAAACGAACCAGGAACAAAUUGCCGUCAUCGAUGGUGCUCUCACAUUGGCAAAUCAAGUCGCCGUCUUGCUAAAUGAAGUAUGGCUCGUCAGCCCGUUUGCGCUCGAUCUCCUCAUUCCAGUAUGCGCUCUAGCACAUCAAGUCUUAUCGCUACAAAGAAUGAAUCCUAUACCGAAACGAAAUGGAGUUCCACAUGCGACAUCUACUGAAAUCUUUGCAGAGAUAGUGCGCAUAUCAUCUGUUUGUCUGUUUGCGUUGGUCAUGACACAAUCAUCUGGCGAUGCACUAUACAUUGCAGCAAGAAGAAAUAAUUUGGUUAAACAACUUAUGGCGCAGUUAGAUGACAAGUUCUGGAAGGGAAAGGAGGAGCUGCAACUUUGGGUGUUGGUAAUCCAGGUCUCUAUGGGAGUUGGUUCUUCGAAGCCCUGGUAUCUGGAUCAGAUUACACAGACUAUGUCACGUAUUCGGCUGCGAUCAUGGGAAGACUUGAUGGAUUGUUUACGAAGGGUGGUAUGGAUUGAAAAAGUCUCUCCAUUAGAGAUGACCUAUCUUCGGUCUGAUAUUGGAGAAUGGCUCUCCUAG